AUGCCAACAGUGAAAGCAGACCUGACAGGACAUGUGAAGGCCACCCCAGAGAAGGGCUGGGGAAAAGGUGAUGGCAGUGGAAAGAAAGAGGACCUUGCCGAGCAGCGCCUCCUUCGUCGAGCAAGGCUUUCUCCAAAGCGGUUACCUGCAGCGACUGUAAAGUCAGAGCAGGGUCAGAAAGCUGAGGGGAGGGAGCCUCGCGCCAGGCAGCUACCGGCCAUCCAGGGGAGCUCCUUGAAGGAAAAGGAGGAGAAAGAGAAACAGAAACUAAUUCCUCUGGUCGAACCCCGAACAGUAGACUUCAUUGCCAGAGCUAUUGAGAGGAGAGAAAAGAAUAAACACUUGAAGAGGAAGGAGAAGCUUCCAGAACACAUCCAGAAAUACUUGGAUAAAGAGGAAAAGGAGAAAACAGAGCUGGCGGAGGAGGAAAAAAGUAAACUGCAAACCCGGCCAGUGACCAAAAAGAAGGCUAAGAGCGAAAAGGAGACGGUGAAAGCGAAAGCUAAGAGAGAAAAGGAGACACAGAGGAGCCAGGAAUCCAGUACCGCUGAGCAAGCACCAGUCAGCCCCUCAACUAGCACGGAGACGGGGGACUCCAGCCCCGACCUCCUGGAGACGAUGAUGGAGGAGUGGGAAGAGGCCAGAGGAGAGCCACCCACAGUCUGCGAGGACGACACUGUCCCCCCUAAGCGGAGCCUUUCCCCACGGACACGCCAGGCCCUGCGGCAGGUGGUGACGUGCAUCCUGGGGCAGGUCACCCGCAAGCGCAGGGGGCAGAGGGAUGACCAGACGGAUCUGCAGGACAAGCUCAAGUGGUAA